UACCCCUCCAACGCUAGGUCUAUUUAAUCUUUGAAGAUUCACUCUUGUGCACAGGCCAGUUCCAGGCUGGUGCAGCGGAGGGCACGGGGUUAACUGCGCAUCUGUGUCCCCACAGGGCAUGGAGAGGCUGGCGGCUUGGGAGCCGCAGGGCGUGGAUGCGCUGCGACGCUUCCAAGGACUGCUGCUGGACCGCCGCGGACGGCUGCACGGCCAAGUGCUGCGCCUGCGCGAAGUGGCCCGGAGGCUCGAGCGGCUACGCAGGCGCUCCCUGGCGGCCAACGUGGCCGGCAGCUCUCUGAGCGCCGCGGGCGCGGUGGCCGCCAUCGUGGGGUUGUCACUCAGCCCGGUCACCCUGGGAGCCUCGCUCGUGGCGUCAGCCGUGGGCCUAGGGGUGGCCACGGCCGGAGGGGCAGUCACCGUCACGUCCGACCUCUCUCUGAUCUUCUGCAAUUCCCGGGAGGUCCGGAGGGUGCAGGAGAUCGCCGCCACCUGUCAGGACCAGAUGCGCGAGCUCCUGAGCUGCCUGGAGUUCUUCUGUCAGUGGCAGGGUCGCGGGGACCGCCAGCUGCUGCAGAGCGGGAGGGACGCCUCCAUGGCCCUUUACAACUCUGUGUACUUCAUUGUCUUCUUCGGCUCACGCGGCUUCCUCAUCCCCAGGCGUGCCGAGGGGGCCACCAAAGUCAGCCAGGCCGUGCUGAAGGCCAAGAUUCAGAAACUGUCUGAGAGCCUGGAGUCCUGCACCUGCGCCCUGGAUGAAUUUAGUGAGCAGCUCGAGUCCUGGGUCCAGCUCUGCACCAAGGCCAGCCGUGACCACAACCUCAGGAUCUCUGCUGAUCAGGAUGCAGCGUUGUUUUUCUAAGAACCUCCUUUACCUACACGGGAUAUUCUAGAUCUGUAGCAUCCACGGGGAAGUGCCACGUAGGUGGGGGGCAAAGGAUGACAGAAACUGUUCUUGUAGGGCAUAGGCCCUCAAUUCCUUGUAUGAGAGGGACUUUUUCACUUGUGUAAUCCCAAUGGAGUAUGUGACCCUAAUCACGCACUUUGGGCGGCGGA